AUGUCAACCUCAUCGCCGGAAGACCUAUCCGGCAAAGCACACUCGGACUACUUCGAGACGACCGAGAAAACCGCCUACGUCUCCGAUGCCGUCGAGUCACUGUCCGAAUCCCACAAAGCCUACCUCAUCGAACGCCAUGGCACCCUGGAACUUGAUCCGGUGCCGAGUAUGGACCCCGCGGAUCCGUACAACUGGCCCGCCUUCAAGAAAACCUUGAAUCUGGUUCUCGUGGCCUUCCACGCCUGCAUGGGCACAUUUACCGCUGCGGCCAUCAUCCCUGCGUAUGAAUCGAUCUCCGAGGACUUGGGGGUGAGCAUCCAGCGCACCAGCUACCUGACCUCGCUGCAAAUCGCCAUCCUGGGCGGCGCCCCGUUGCUGUGGAAGCCCCUGUCGAACCGUUACGGCCGCCGUCCGAUCUUCCUUCUGUCGCUGGUGUUGAGUUGCGUGUGCAACAUCGGCUGCGCCCGCAGCCCCGACUACGCCUCGAUGGCGGCGUGCCGCGCUUUGGUUGCUUUCUUCAUCUCGCCGGCCAUGGCGAUCGGCAGCGCGGUCGUCACGGAGAUGUUCUUCCGCCACCAACGCGCCCGCUACAUGGGGAUCUGGGCGGUGAUGGUGACGCUGGGGGUGCCGAUUGGGCCUUUUAUCUUCGGGUUCGUGACGGAGCGCGUGGGAUACCGCUGGAUCUUCUGGAUCUUGGCUAUUACCAACGCCGUCGAAUUCAUCCUCUACCUCCCCUUCGGCCCCGAGACCCGCUACGUCGGCACCGACCUGCACUCGUCGACAACGUCAACUUUCAAACGCGAGUACCUCACCCUUUUCCACCGCAUCGACCCGACCCCCUUCCGGGCGGCGGAGUUCUACCACCCACUCACCCUCUUCACCAACAUCCCCGUCCUGAUCGCGGCCGUCGCCUACUCCAUGGUGUUUCUGUUCGGGUCCGUCAUGAACUCCGUCGAGGUCCCGCAACUGCUGCAGGUGAAAUUCGGGCUGAACGCGCAGCAACUCGGCCUCCAGUUUCUGGGAUUGAUUAUUGGCUCCCUCCUGGGCGAGCAACUGGGCGGCGUGCUGUCGGAUACCUGGAUGAACCUCCGCGCCAAACGCAACGGGGGCCACCCGCCGGCGCCGGAGUACCGGCUGUGGUUGAGUUAUGUGGGGUACCUGGUGACAAUGGCGGGGAUGGUGGUGUUCCUGGUGUGUACGGCGCAGGCAGAGCAGGGAAAAUGGACGGUCGUGCCGGUGGUGGGCACGGCGAUCGCCGCUUUUGGGAAUCAGGUCGUCACCACGGUCAUGAUUACCUAUGCGGUCGAUACGUACCCGGCCGAUGCGGGGAGUGUGGGCGUGUUUAUCAAUUUUGUGCGGUCGACGUGGGGGUUCCUCGGGCCGUUUUGGUUUACCGAUUUGUUUGAGAGUGUCGGGGUGGCGGAGAGUUCCGGGGUGGUGGUUGCGUUGCUUGUCGGGGUCAGUGUUUUGCCCACGAUUUGGGUGCAUUGGCGUGGUGGGAGGUAUCGGCGGGAUUAA